AUGAAUUUUAGCGGUUUUCUCCAUCACGACGACGACAAUUCCUCCGGUGGUGGAAACGAUUUCUCUUCCGCCGCUAUGUCCGGUGGUCUCGUUAAAUCUAUAUUCUCAUCUCCCCGUCUCUCUCUUGGCCUCCAGCAAACGAACGGAGAAGCCACAAGAACUGGCGAGAGUUUCGAGGUGAGUGUUAGUCGGAGAAGUCCGGAGAGCAGAUCUGGAAGCGAUAACGCCGAAGCACUCUCCGGCGACGAUGACUUUGACGCUUCUGAUAGACCUUUGAAAAAGAAGAAACGUUACCACCGACAUACUCCUCAACAAAUUCAAGAACUCGAAUUGGUUUUCAAGGAGUGUCCUCAUCCCGAUGAGAAACAACGGCUAGAUCUUAGCCGUCGGCUUAACUUGGAUUCUCGACAAGUCAAGUUCUGGUUCCAAAACCGCCUUACUCAAGUCAAAACGCAAAUUGAGCGCCACGAAAACUCUUUAUUGAGACAAGAGAACGAUAAGCUCCGAGCAGAGAACAUGUCUGCACGAGAAGCCAUUAGGAAUCCGAUGUGUGGUCAUUGCGGUGGCGCCGCCGUUCUCGGCGAGAUUUCGCUUGAAGAGCACCACUUAAGGAUUGAGAACUCACGCCUUAAAGACGAACUUGACCGUAUAUGUGCUUUAGCCGGUAAAUUCAUUAACCGGUCUGACGAUGACGCAACCGGUUCACAUAAUCUGUUACCAAACUCCGCACUUCAACUAGGCGUCGGUACAAAAAACGGUUACGGUGGUGGCGGUUUCACUCUCGUCCCACCUGCUGGAUUCGAGAUUUCGUCUCCUUUCUUCUCCGGUUUAGUAGCUCCGGUUAACCGUGCCACGGAUGUUGGGACCGGUCUUGAUCAGAAGUCAUUGUAUUUGGAGUUGGCUCUUUCCGCAAUGGACGAGCUCGUGAAAAUGGCGCAGACAAGCGUAUAA